CUGGGCGACGCCGGAAGUCCCCGUUGCUGGGCGACGGCACCGGCCCGGGGUAAACAAGAUGGACGAGGACGAGCUGGGCGUCGCGGCCGUGGACAACAUUGUCAACGAUUUCGAGACCUACGAGACUUUCCUGGACUCGCAGAUCACUUCGCUGGAUCUGUAUUACCUGGAGGAUGAAGAGUUGGCUCGACAGCUGGUGGAACUGGGAUACAGGGGAAGUGGAGAAGUGCUGAAAAGAGAAGAGUUUGAAAUGAGGAAGGCAGCUGCUGAGGCUGCAAGACUUGCUAAAAAAAGCCAGAAAAAAGUAUUGGCAAGUGCAGGAAAAGAGUUGAAAGAUAAUUUCUUGAUAGCACUGGCAGAGCGAGAGGAAGACAACCGCAGUGGGAAAACAAGUUCCAUUCUGUUUAUCCGCGACUACAAUGCUCAUGGUCAAGAAAUUUCUGGCUAUAUCGACUAUUCACACAGACUCAGGUUGGAACACUUUGAAGGAUAUUUCAGUGGAAAGAAGAAACUAUUGCCACGAUCAACAGAUCUGAGCUUCUACAACUGGGACACCCAAAACUCCACGUCUAAUUCCAGCCCAUAUUAUCAUGUGAUCACAGACAAUGCUUCUGGACUCCUUUUCAAAAACAAAAGAGAUCGUAAAGUAAUCAAUGUGGAUCCAAAGGCAUCUCCUGGGGAUAAUACCACUCGAAGUUUAAUUGAAACUGAACUUUAUGUUCAAGUUGUCAUCUAUGAUCACAUCACCAGAAGAAAGACCUGAGCAUCUUAGAACAAGAAAAGAAUGACCCAUGUUUUACUUGUAAUUCUUUUCACCCAAAGGGUUGUUUAAUCAUUUGUAAAAUCUGUGGGAAAUCAAUAAAGAUGCAAGGAUAUUUAUUGUUUUUCUUA